AUGAUUGUAUGUCCACAAAAGACUGUAAUUGUUAAUAAUGAUGAAAUUGAUAAAAAUCUUAAUUCAGUAUUUUUAACAUGUUCUCAAUUAGUUGCUUAUAUGACAACUAUUAAAAAUACUACUAAUCAUAAAAUAUUAAUUAUUGAUUGUGGUUCACCAUUACGACAUACUGAAAAACGAAUUCAAGGUUCAAUUUUAUUAAAUGUUAAUGAUAAAAUAUCUCGAAAACGUCUAACGACUCGUGGUUUACAAAAUUUCUUAGAUAGUAAUCAAUUAAAUUAUUUAAAUAAUAAUGAAAUUAUUAUUUUAUAUGAUGAUUCUAUUCGUUCACCAUCAUCAUGUGCUAGUUCAUCAAUAAAAUCUCAACUUUCAUCAUCAAUGAAAUGUGUUUACGAUGAAAUAAAACGAUAUGAUACAAAUAAAAUAAUUUAUAUUCUUGAAUCACCAUUUAAUGAAUUUUAUCAAAAUUAUUCAUCAUUUUGUUAUAUUAGUACAUCAACAGAUGAAGAUAUUUCAUCACCAUCAACAUCAACAAUUGUAUCAACAGAUAUUGAAUCUUAUCAAUUAUCUGAAAUCAUACCUGGUCUUUAUCUCGGUAGUUCACAUGAUGCUGAAAAUCUCAAUUCAUUACAAGAACAUCAAAUAAAAGUCGUAGUUAAUGUAUCCACAACAAUUCCAUGUUAUUUUGAAAAUGAAAAUAUAUUUGAAUAUCUUCGUUUACCUUGUCAUGAUUCAUCAUAUCAAAAUAUUCUUCAAUAUUUUGAAACAACAUUUGAAUAUAUUCAUCAAAAAUUAUCAAUGAAUAAAAAUAUUCUUGUACAUUGUCAAGGUGGUGUUAGUCGUAGUCCAUCAUUUAUUAUUGGUUAUUUAAUGAAAUAUCAUUCGAAAACAUUUGAACAAGCUCAUCAUAUUGUAAAAACUAAACGAGCUAUAGUUAAUCCAAAUUUAAAUUUUCUUGGACAAUUAACGCAAUAUGAACAAUUGCUUACCAAGGCUUAG